GUCACCGGCGGCGAACCGGGAAACCGAAGGAAAGGUGAAGGGAAGGGGAGGGCGAGAGAAAGCCUGAUAGCCCGACGCGAGUUGUGGCACGGAGCAGCACCGGACUGAAGAGGAGAGCCGUGCGCGACAGGCGACGACGAUCUGCGUUUGGUGCAGCGCGCGAGCUGCGUGCCUUCUGUCAGUGGAGUCGUAUUCGUGGAACAUCGCGCAUGAAUCCGAAGCUUCAUCGCGGAAAUGCGGUCUCGUUGAUCCACUCUGCCCAGUGAUUGCCUCGGCCAGCGUUUGGCCUGCGAGCGGGGGGUGCGAGGUCGCGUCGGAGGGGCGAGGAACGGGCGAACGAGCAAGUUGGAUUAUUCCUAAACCCUAAACCCUGAACCCGCUCGCCACUCCUCUCUCUCUCUCUCUGGCCCGGCUGCUUCUGCUGCUCGGGAAUUCAGUUCGGAAUUGGUCGAGCGAUGGAGGCUCCUAAGAGGAAGAAGGAGCGCGCGGCCCAGGGAGAGGAGGGCAAAGAGGGCAGAGAUGGCAAAUUGGAGGGCAAGAAGAAGGGCAAGCACGAUAAGCCGAAGCCUUGGGACACUCCGGACGUCGAUCACUGGAAACUGGAGGCCUUCGACCCGCAAUGGAACGAGGGUGGAAUGCUCGAGGAGAGCUCGUUUUCCACUCUCUUUCCUCAGUACCGAGAGAAGUAUCUGCAAGAAGUUUGGCCGGUGGUAACGUCAAGCUUGAAAGAGCAUGGAAUCAAGUGUGAGCUCAACCUGGUAGAGGGAUCCAUGACCGUCGGGACGACGAGAAAAACUCGUGAUCCAUACAUUAUAGUCAAAGCAAGAGAUUUGUUGAAGCUCCUAUCGAGAAGUGUGCCUGCCCCGCAGGCUUUGAAGAUAUUGGACGAUGAGAUGCAGUGUGAUAUUAUCAAAAUUGGCAGCAUGUUACGAAACAAGGAGCGGUUUGUGAAACGUAGACAGCGACUGUUGGGUCCCAAUGGUGCUACUGCAAAGGCUAUUGAGUUGUUGACGGGAUGCUACAUGUUAGUCCAGGGAAACACUGUCUCCGCCAUGGGAUCGUUUAAAGGGCUAAAAGCGCUGCGGCGGAUCGUCGAAGACUGUAUAAAAAAUAUUCAUCCUAUCUAUCAUAUCAAGGCACUUAUGAUCAAGCGAGAGCUUGCUAAAGACCCGGAGUUGGCAGAGCAAAACUGGGAUCGGUUUUUACCAAAGUUCAAGAAGAGAAAUGUAAAGCAAAAGAAGGUGAAGGAGCAGAAGAAGAAGACAUAUACACCUUUCCCUCCACCUCAACAGCCUAGCAAGGUGGAUUUGCAACUCGAGAGCGGUGAGUACUUCUUAAGUGCUGAAAUGAAGGCCGCUAAGAAGUGGGAAGCGAAGAAAGAGAAACAGGAGGAAGUAUUGGCAGAGAACAAGCGUAAACGAGAGGCAGCUUUCGUGCCUCCAAAGGAAACGAAGAGGAUCGAUAAAAGCUCCGAUGCUCCCGAGCAAGGGAGUAAAGCUGUUUCGAAGUCUGAUAUGUCAGCUAUGACUGAGUCUCUGAAGAAGAAGGUGAAAGACAUCGCAGCCAGUAAAGGUUCGACUGAUACGAAAGGUGUGGACGCGUAUCUGGCUGCUCCAGGCUCACGUAAGGAUUCAAGCAAUCAGAAGGAUAAGAAGGAUAAGAAGAAAAACGUAGAGACGCCAGUAAGUGAAGAAAAGAAAAAGAAGAAGAGGAAGGUAACACUAGAGGACUGACAGGAAAAAAUCCAGUAGUCGCAGCUAAUAGGUUUGGUGCAGGAAUUGAAGAGGUGUACAUACCAUUCGGUUAGUUAGGAUUUGUGAAUCAGGGAUGACAUUUUUGUUCUCAUAAAUUGAUGAUAGUUAAAUCUUUUAUUAUAGUUUCUGAUGGCUAGAUCAUCCUUUGUAUCGACCUCUUCCUGUUUAUCUGAGACGUCCGUGUUGGAAA